AUGUCUUCAGUAUCACUGGUCACGCUAAUAAACGAGCUGUAUGGGAGAAUCUGCGACCAAGUAGCGACAUAUCAACGAGAGGUCGUGACUCUUCCCCCGCAAUCCACAUUUGGGGGUCCAGGCUUUCGAGAUCAGGAGUUUUUGAUCCUGCAGCCACUAUUCAAAGCAGUAACAAUCAUUCUUUCAGGGGACGACUUCAAAGUUCGUGUAACAGAUAUGGGAGAGUUGCCAGUUCUCAUUACCCUCACUGCAGUCCAGGUGCCUCUGCAUAUAGCCAUUGACUUUAUCACCGCCCAGAAUCAACGCGAAAUUGCUGUCUUUGGCCCCCAGCCUGACCCUCUCAAGUCAACGCUGGGAUUUCGAAACGGGCUAUCUGUACCUCCUGAAGACUUGCCUGUUGUUGUGAGCUCUCUUGGCGGAGGAGAUGAACCAAUUGAGGGGCCAAGCUCAACUUGGGUUGAUACCACGAUUCAUACUGGGUGGCCUAGAGUCAACGCCUUCGAUGAUGAGAGGGUCUAUCAGUGGGAAGAGAAACGUGAGCGAUGGAAGUUGCUUCGAGAAGUCGCUGGUGUCAGCCUUAAUUAUGUCAGGAUUCAUCGCCGAAAAAGCAUAUAA